GUAUUUUAUCAUUAUUUUAUCAUUAAAUAAAGACAUUAGAAUGUAGAUGCGUGGACAAGACUCCCACCAUUGAGGGCCAAAUUUCAACAAUUAACCCAUCUUAGAGACAAGAUAAUGCAACAAGAAAAUGAAUAAGUAAUCGUGACCCUGAACGAUAAACGAUAAAUCAAAUGACAAGAGACCGCAUUAAGGGGGAUAUAAAUUCACAUUUACGUAAUUUUAGAUUGUCUUUAAUCGCGUUCUUGGUGUAUCGUGAACGAGAGGUCUGCAGAGAGGAGGAAUAUAAUGCAUUGUAACAGAUUGACCACUGCUGGGUUAGUUCCCAUAUCAUGCCCCCAAGGGGGCAACGGGUAGGGCGGCAUGGGUAUGAUGCUGUGGCGGGGCAAGUGCAAUCCGAGUCACUUCACCAGCUUAUAUAAAGACUCAGCACCUUUUCAUUCUUUUGAUUUCAAGUCGAUCGCACUACUCCGAAGUGGAUGAUACCCCAUCAUCGCUCUUUUCUGCAAGAGAAGUUGUUGGGAAAAUUUCAGACGGAGUGAGAUUUACUCAUUGUGUUGUCCUGCAUUGCUUUUUCCUAUUCCUUUUUCUUUGUGUGCUCCUUCACCAAGUUAAUAGUCCUUUGGAAAAAGAAUUAUCGAGUAUUUUGUGAACUUUACCAUAGUGAUAUAUAAAAUAUUGUUGCAUGUGAUUGUUUUUGUCCUGUGAGAAUUUUCUUUAUCAUUUGCUUUACACAUACCGUCCGAAAGUAAGCACUGCAAUCAUGGAAGUUCAGGUGCAACCGAAAGUUCAAUUAAACCCCCCAUCAAUGGCAUACAGUGAGAGUCUCAUCGAAUACGGGAUUUCUAACUUGCUGACGCUACGGAGCGGUAGUGGGGUGUCGACGAAGAAAAUGUCUACAGAUGAAGUUGCUUCCUCAGCUUCAGAGAAAAUUCGAUAUGAGCUCGUCACAGAAAAGGAUACAGAGGAAAUACUGAAUCUAUUGAAAAUUUUCUUUUUCAAAGAUGAACCACUGAAUACUUAUUUGGAUUUGGGAGAGUGCAAAGAAUUGGAACAGUACUCAACAAAAUGUAUAAAAGAGAAAUGCUCAUUCAAAGCUCUUAAUUCCAAAAAUGAAAUUGUUGGAGUUUUCCUAAAUGGACUCAUUCAUAAGCCUAAAGAAGGGGAGGAACCUGUAAAACUGGCUGAUGGCUGUGAACAUAAGAAAUUCAGAAAAAUUAUGGGACUCAUGGAUUUUAUUGAUGAGAAGUUUAAUAUUUUUAACUUAUAUCCUGACAUUGAUGUCAUUUUGGAUGGUAAAAUUCUCUCGGUAGAUACCAAAUACCGCGGCAUGGGAAUUUCUGUGGAACUCACAAAUUGCACCAUUAAUUGGAUGAAAGAGAACAACAUUCCGCUUAUGCAUGUGCUGUGCUCGAGUCACUUUUCUGCACGCGUUAUGGAAAAACUGGACUUUAAGGAAGUUUUCAGAAUGCCCUACACUGAUUAUCUUGAUGCCAAUGGGCAGCAGAUCCUCUGCCCAGCCCAUCCACAUGUAGCAGCCCGAAGCUUAACCAAAAGAAUUAUUCCCUCAGAGUCCAGCAAGUAAUUGGUGGAGGAGAAGUACACUCUUAAAGUCACGUCAAUUAUAAAUAGUGUUGCGUGUUCAUUUGAAAUUUAUCAAAUAAGUUUCAAACGAGGAGCAUUUAUCCAGAACUUAUAAGAGAUACUUAAUAUUGUUAAAAAAAAAAGAAAAAUAUAUAUGAAUUACUAUUCUGGAUAAAUGCUCUUUGGUCCUAUAUAGAAUUUGAAUUUCGUGCCAAAUCACAAUAAAUAACACUCCAGUCAUCCAGAAAAAA